AUGACGAUGACGACUCGCAGGCGCCUACUUGUUUUAGGCUCGUCUCGUCCACGGAGUACAUCUCCGCUGGGGCUGAUACUCCUGGGGGCUGCACUGGCAACGUCCCAAUCCUUCCAGCAAGUCGUGCAAUGGUUAAAGGAUCACGCCGAAUCUCUGCUGGUCCCUCUUUACAUCGCGAUUGUAACCGUUUAUUUGACCUACGUGGCCUUUCGUGAACAUCUGGAUCCGGUUCUGCGGGUACUGUUCGAAAAAAAGGCGCAAGGCUUAGAAUCUAUGUCAUCGAGAGUGGCCGCACCCUCCACUUCCGAGCUCGACCCGGCUUUCUUAAGAAAGGCCGAUUUGGACGAUCCUCAGCCCGUAGAUCUUACCGGUGUUUAUAAAUUGAUAAGUAACGACAAUUUCGACGGCUUUUUGGAAGUCCAGGGCAUUCCAUGGGCGCUCCGACGUGCCGCCAAUGCCGCCCGGCCCGUUCACCGGAUCACCCAUCGAGGCAGUCACUUGACGAUCAAAAUCGAAGGCAUCAUCGAGUCGCAAACCACGUACAUCAUCAACGGACCGCCCGUAGAGACCAACGUACGCGGCCGCAUUUUUCGCGAUCAAGUCACGUAUUUGGAAAAUGAUCGGGGCAUUGUGGUGCGGAAAACGGCUGUUACCGAGAAUUACGAUGUAACGGUCCAGCGCGAACUUUCCACCGAUGCGCAGCAUAUUGUCAUGACUUCUACCGCCAUGUUUCGUGAUGAACGCGUACCGGUGCAAUGUAUCCAACAUUUUGAUCGUCUUGAGUAG